UAUUUUUUUUAAACAUCUGAUCUCCUUCUUUAGUCUACCAUUCUUAAUCACGAAUGAUCUGUAGUAUUUAGUUUUUGCAGUUAUUUAUUAGUAUUGUAUUAUUUGUGUCAUCGGAAGAUCUUCACAACUAUCGUGGAUAUCGCAUAACUGGACUAUGUUGGCAUGUUUUGUCCUAUUGUUGAUGGUAAAAGAUGCCUUUACUCGUGACAAUCAGUCUUUUCGGAAAAUGGAGCAAAGAUUUGGAAGAGAGCUCAUUAUCGCAGACGGUAUCAAAUCCGCCGUUGAUCUGGUCAUGUCGAGGAUGAAAACGUUAAAAGAAGAGACCGCUUUAGAAAUGGAAAAUCACGCAGAAGACAUGCGUGCGAUAAUGCGCAAUUUUCAAGAGGUCGCCGAUUUCCAAGUCUGCAGCCCCAACAGGACAGAGCGAGUAUACAGCGAAAUCUGCAAUUGCGUCGAAAACAGGCCAGCCUUUCCCGAUUACAACAACGAGACGUUUUCGUUGGGCCAGAGCAAAUUCAGACAAUGGAGUCAAAAUUACGAUUCUCUCUCUUCGGACGUGAAUAAAACAAGAGACCAUAUCAAAAUGAUGCAAAUCGAAUUCAGGAAAAGUGAAAAGGUGUGUAAAAACAUUGUCGACCUUGUGAGAAAAGAAGAGUGCACGUGGGAAAUAAACAAGAGAGCUAAUAAAACAUUCGAAGACAUUAAGAGCGUACAAGACAAAGCUAGUAAAAUAAUUCUCGAAGUAAAGGAAGUACUAGAGAAAUUCGUAGACGAAAUAUUUCAACAUAAAACCUCACAAAUGAACGAUUUAAUGGCCAAGAUUGAAAGUUAUGCAUGCUGUUUCGAUAGAAUUGGGCUGAGGGUGCAAAACCACGAGUGUGAAAAAGGGAACAGCACACAUUUUUUAAAGUACACUCGAACCCUCGCUGGAGAGCUGGAAGAAAUGAAAAUAUUUUUAAAGCACGAUUAUAACGCUACAAGAGUCCUUUUAGACAAUAUGUACAAAACGGACAGCGACGAUGAAAACGAUCAUUUUGACAGUGAAGCACGACAAAAAUUUGUAACAAGUGCGUCAGAUCAUUUGCCAAGACACAAGAAGAAAUAUUACGGAAUUGAACUAAAAGGGAGAGAUUCUUGGCCAAGCCGAUCUGUUUUCACGGAAGAGCAAAACGACCAGUUACUCAUUGCGACAAAUGUCAAGAAACGUGAUACGGAAUUUAUCGAAAAAUCCUCAGAAAACGAAAUGGAAAGUACGACCGAGGCGCCGACAUCACAGCCUAAAUUAAAUAUGAGCAGAGACGUCGAAACGAAUAACGCGAAUAAUAUCCAAGGGAAUUUAGCAUCAUUAAAAGAAAAAGAAACUGAAAACAGUAAAUUAAAAAAUACCACACACUUUGGAGAAAUUACUACUAUAAAAUUCGACAAUAUGCUCUCCACAUCGCUACCACAACUCCAAACGACCAACCAUGAGAAUUCCCCUUUGUCCCAGACCACAAGCAAUGUUCAUGAAGAUGUCACGCUGUCGCAAGAAACGGAAAAUCCAGUCACUAUGUUAAAAAAUACCGCAAGCCAUCCAUCAACAGAAGAAAUGACUACGUUGAAAAAUACAAAUGGAAUGCAGAAGUUACAGCCUCAAUUAAAUGAUUCGGAAAACGUUAACUUGACCAAUGGUAUCCAUAAAUCGAAAAAUUUCUCAAUCGAUGUAACAAAUAGUUACACAAUGGAAGAAACGAGUACUUUGCAAGAUUUAAUUAUGUCAACUUUGUACCCACAAUUCCAAGAUAGUACUACCGAUCUAGAAGGCACUGCUCACGAAACCUCGAAAGCAAAUUCGAAUGAAAGCACUGAAUUCAAAAAUACUUCAUUCGAUAUGACAACAAAUCUACCAAUGACAGAAACCCUGGAAUACAAUGCAAACAAAACAGAAAGUUUCUAAACGCAGCUGGCUAUAUAAAGAAGAUUCACUAUGGUGUGAUGAAAAAUCGCCAAUUACAGUAAUAAAAAUAUAAAAUUUCAGGUUUAAA